AUUCUUCGAACCGAAAACAAUUUUGUAAUUUUUUUCUACUAUAGUGCCGUGUGUAUUUUGGUAAUGUCUGGAAGGGGCAAAACCGGAGGAAAGGCCCGUGCCAAGGCGAAGUCCCGCAGCUCUCGCGCUGGCCUUCAGUUUCCCGUAGGUCGUGUCCACCGUCUGCUGAGGAAGGGCAACUAUGCUCAUAGAGUGGGCGCGGGGGCUCCCGUGUACAUGGCUGCUGUUCUCGAGUACCUGACUGCUGAGAUCCUGGAAUUGGCUGGCAACGCGGCACGCGACAAUAAGAAAAGCCGUAUCAUUCCCCGCCAUCUGCAGCUGGCUGUCCGUAACGACGAAGAGUUGAAUAAACUACUCGGCGGUGUGACGAUCGCCCAGGGAGGUGUGCUGCCCAACAUCCAGGCUGUAUUGCUACCAAAGAAGACCGGCGCGGUCGCGGCACCAAGUGGGAAGGCAGGGAAGAAGGCUUCUUCACAGUCCCAAGAAUACUAGUGAGCUAGUUAACUGGCUAAAUAUCCAACGAACUGUUAAAUAAACGGCCCUUUUAAGGGCCCCCAAACAUUCUGGGAAGAGCACAGCUUUCGAUAUUUCUCUCUGAUUAUUGUGCCGUUGUAUAUUUUUUCGCGCUUAAACGUGUUUCAAUAAAUGUUUUUUUUU